UGCCCAUUCAAAAUAGGGAGGAGGCGUGGCUGCCACAUCCGCCGCGCCUGCGCAGUAGCAGUGUUGGCUUUUUAUGAGGCGAGGAAGAUAGAAGACACCUAUGCGGAUAGUCUGAUGAAUGAAAAGUAAAGAAAACAAGCAAAAAGAAGAGUCUUCAUAUCAGUCAAUGUGUAGAAAUAUAGAAACAGGUUGCAAGGAUAUUCCUUACAAAACGCUUCCAGGUAGAAAGAAUGGCCUAUUCCAUCUCCGCGCAACAUUUUGUCGCCAUUUCAGAUCUGCACCCAAAUCUCGCUCGUCCUAGUAUAAUUGGCGUGGUGAUUGGAAAAACAGAUGCCAAAGGCUUCCCAGACAGAAAAAACGUUGGAUCAGAAAGAUACACUUUUGGUUUUACUGUUCGCGACUCGCCAUCUUGCUUCAUCAAUGUCCAUUCCUGGGGAAGAGAGGAAUACAUUAAACUGCUUUCUGAAAGCUUUAGAGUAGGCGACUGUGUCACAAUUGAAAACCCUUUAGUACAAACAAAAGAAGUGGAAAAGGAAGAAAAAUUCAACCCUGCUACUCCAAGCUGCUACAAGCUACUGCUCAGUGAAAACCAUUCCACUGUCAAAAUCUGUUCUCCCGGAGAAGCAGACGCCAAACUGCUGUCCCUGUUGAACCUACCUGUGAAGGACCCUCAAGAUUUUUACUCACUGGGGGAUAUUGUGGCCAAUGGACAGAACCUGGAUGGAAGAAUUAUUAAUGUCUUGGCUGCCAUUAAAUCAGUUGGCGUGCCCAAAUACUUCACCACUUCCGACAGGCGGAAAGGCCACAGAUGUGAAGUUAAGCUGUAUGAUGAAACCGAGUCUUCUUUUGCAAUGAUAUGCUGGGACAAUGAAUCCAUCCAGCUUGCACAGACCUGGAUGCCUCGGGAAACAGUUAUAUUUGCAGCAGAUGUAAGGAUCAACUUUGACAAAUUCAGAAACUGCAUGGUUGCAACCGUAAUUUCCAAAACCAUCAUCACUACUAAUCCUGACACACCAGAAGCAAACAUUCUGCUCAACUUUGUCAGAGAAAGCGCAGAAAUGUUAGAUUUGGAGGAUGACAUAGGAGAUCAGUUCCGAAACUCCGUAAAUUUGCAGACAAUAUUGGAUGUUUAUACAGUGGAACAGUUAAAAUCUGAAGCUUUGCAGAACAUGAGGAAGCCAGAACCUUUAUAUGGUAUCAUUUUUGCCUACAUUUCUACACUGAAUAUUGAUAAUGAAUCGACAAAGGUAAUACGAAACAGAUGUGCCAAGUGCCACUACGUUGUCAAUGAGAGUACAAACACAUGUUCCUUCUGUACCAGCGCUCUUACCUCUUCAGAGGCGAUUCCAGUCUUUGCCAGCUUUGAUUUAAUAGUUGAUCUGACUGACCACACAGGCACACUUCAUUCUUGCAGCCUCUCGGAUACAGUAGCUGAGGAAACCUUAGGUUACACGGUCCAGGAGUUCCAGACUCUGACAGAGGAUCAAAGGACAGCCCUGAAAUGGCACCUUCUGUUAGAACGAAGCAAAGUUUACUUUAAGGUUAUACCUUCAGCAAAUUCACGAACUGGACUGAGAGUGAGUCUGCUUUCUUGCAAGCUAGCAGAUCCAGUGGAAGCCAGUCAAAGCUUGUCUGGAAAAGAAAAAUAACUACCCCACCUUCAAAACAGUUGGAAGGAAUUUUUCAUUAUGUUUUAGUACGGUGAAACAAUUAUUUAUCCAUAAAUUUCAUCCUCGUUGCAUAGUUGCUAAGAAUAGUGCUUUAUCAAAACUCAUUUAAGUUCAUUAUGUUGUUUAAGGAACAGUUUAACAUCUUCCAAAAUUUCUCCAAGCAAUUUCUAAUUGCUCUUUGAAGGAAGUAAAAUUGUAUCUCUGUGUAAUAAAUUUGAG